CACUCUUCGCCGUCGAUUGACGCGCAAUUGUGUUCUGCACAAUUUGUGGUGUAUCUUGCGGCAGCAAUGCUUGUCGUACUACUACAAUCGCAGCCUCUUCCUUCGAAUAGAUGAACGCUGAAGAAGAUGGUGAAGAUGCAGAAGUUAGCGAAGCAGCAGAGGCAUUGGAAGUAUCAAGCAUCAGAUUAGCAGCGACGGAUGCGACUCCUUCUGAUGAGGAAUCUUGUGACAUUGCUCGUUCCAGUGGACCUCUCUUCAGACUAUCAGAAGUCGAACAGGUCAUUCAGCAGUACGGGCAAUGUGUCGAAAAAUUUCAGUUCGACCAAGCGCGAGAAGUCAUCGAACAGUAUACUCAGUCUUCAUCCAAAUCAUUGAUUAUCAUCAACGAGAAAGAUGUGUCUUUGGCUGCACUACUGUCGUCUCUAGUGAUGUUGGCGAAUUGCGAUAAGAGCUACUAUUUUCUGUCAUUUCUUCAGCCCAAAGCGUUCUUUCGUAAGGAAAACGCGUUGAAGAAUCAAUAUUAUCAGAUUAGCGAGAAGCUAGUGCGCGCUUCAUCGUCAACACCGCGUUCUGAGAAUGAAUCGUCUUCAACAUCGGAAAUUGAGCAGAUCCUGACCGAAUGUAGACAGUAUGUAUUGGCGAGAGUUGAGAUGAUAAGCAUCUUUACCACCAUAGCUAGCCUUGCGAAUGAUCGCGUGAUUCUUUGGGAUUCUUUGCAUGCUCGAGGAUUGCGGGUCUCAGAAAUGUUGAAAGAUUGCCGGCAUCAGUCUUUAUUCUCGAUGAUUCAUCUGCUGUCAGGUGAAAUAGACGUGUUGCUUCUACUCGUCUCUGCUCAAAUUCACAUAGCAAAUUGCAAGAUGUUUGAAAGUCUUCUGCAGUUGAAAGAGAUUCGUGAAAGGUUCGACUUCUGGAUUCGUGACGCUCACUGUUUGAAUCCGGUGAAUAAAUCGGUGUUCUAUUUCUUCAGAUCUAACGAAAAAUUGCCUCGCAAUCGCCUCAUCAACUGGCUAAUACAAUUUUACAACUUGCUCAUGGCCAAGUUCUCACUGUACUUCACUAACGUCCUGGCCAACUUCUGUAGCGUUGAUGACUUGAAAACCGUGCAUACUAUCGAUAACGGGUUCAAUUUCAUCUCAAAUGCCACUCAGUUUGUUAAGAAAACGGAUGCUCUUUGUCUUGCUAUAGUUAUGGAUCGAGAGCAAUGCUCAGACAGUUUCUACGGAUUUGGCUAUCAUCGGUUGAAGGAUCGCUUUACUCCUGGCCCACCUACAGAACCAAGGAAAGGAGUCGCUGCUUUGUGCCCAGCUGUGUUUCGAUUGCCUUCGCCUUCAGAGGGGCAUAAAUCGGCACAAUCACAUAAUGAUAUUUUUGAGAGAUGUCAGGAAAACAUUUACGGGUUUAUUGAGUCAAAUCUUCGACAUCCGGUGCGCAACAAGUAUUUUUACGAUCCCGUAAAAGAUCAUUGCAUGUUUGGUGACAUUGUGGAAGCCGAGCUAUAUCUUGUAGUUUUGUACGCUGGUCGGGUGUGUGAGAAGGAUGCUGCUGUACUUGCUUUCAUCCAGCAGAUGACAACGUCUUUGAGAGGAUCGCGAUUAUUUUUGUCCUUGAAAAAUGCGGCUAAGUAAUUUUGUUUGAGUAUUCACAGCAGAGAAUAAUAACCUGUCUGAAGGACUAGAUCCGGUCAAGCUCAUUCGAUAAGGUUUUCUCUAUUUGAUCUGCUGAGUGGACCAUCCACAGGUUUUUUUUAUCCCAUAUCGCAAAUAUAUUUUGUGUAGCUGUAACUGUGGAGAGGAGUUUGAGAUGGCGGUCAUGACGUGAUUGAGAACCAGCGGGAAUGCGGGGAGGGAGGGAAGUAGGGA